AUGGAGACAUACAACGGUCUCGUCCGAACCCCGACGGACGCCAUCAUCCUCUUCGAGGCCUGCAGAUUGGGCAUCCUACCUCGGGUUCAGCGAAGACUGUCAGAGAAAGAGAGACAAUCGAUCAGAUCGGGCUCGGUCUUUGUUUGGGAUGAGCGUGAAGCGGGGAUGCGGCGGUGGACAGAUGGGAAGAGUUGGAGCGCCAGCCGCGUCUCGGGCAGCUUUUUGACGUACCGGGAGAUGGAAGGCAAAAGAGGAGGGAACUCAUAUGCCAAUCCAGCAAGUCGAGGCACCAAAACACCAGAAAAUGGCCAAGAUGACCCUUCGCAGGCUGGCGAGGGCGAAGAAGGACCUGAUGGGUAUCGGUACAAGCCCGAUGGUCUGAUGAAGCAGUCGUUCAGCAUCACCACUUCCACAGGACAACACUUGCAUCUCAUCAGCUACUACUCCCGAUCACAUCCAACCUCGCAGGUAUUGCGUCAACCGAGUACCGAUCCCAACCUAGCGUCCAUUCAACCAGCCAAAGGAAUGUAUCCGGAAUCGACCAUCAACGAUCAGUCAACGGUUCCCGCCGUCACUCGAUCGCCCAUGCUGGGCGCUCCAGGAUAUGUUGUGACUCCAGGCGCCCCAGGGUAUCACCGUCCCAGCCCUGCUCCCCCACAAGCAUAUAUUCCACCGGGGUACAUCCCUCAUCCAGCCUACAUCUACCCGAUCAGUCCCAUGCACACGCCUCCCCCCGGGCACUACCUCCAGCCCUAUGCUCUUCAGCCCGGCCUACCCCCGCUCGCAUAUUCCGCGGCGCCAUAUCCUUCACCACACCCUCUGCCUCUCAGCCAAGCACCGCCUUCAUCUUUCGAUCAGCGUCCUUUGAGAGACUCGGACUCGCGCCCGUCAGCACCUUUUCCUCUACAACCAACGACUUCGCCACAGGCUCCGCUGAGCGCUUACCCUGGCAGCCAGCCUCCACCGCCAUUAUAUCAGUCUAGCCCUGCUCCGCCAGUCAAUUAUCAAGGCCCUGAAACGUCCAACGAAAAUGUUGGCUCUGGACUACAGAUAGAUCCGCGCCUGACGGCCACUGCCAAUGGAGGCGAUGCCCAAACGAACGGCGCCAAUACCAAGAAUGAGAAUCAUUCUGUGGCGCAACCUUCCGACACCACAACAGUCAGUGCCAGUCAGGCUCCUACCAUCACCGCGCUCGUACACAACAUUGACACGAAUGUACCUCCCGUAGCCAAAGGUCAACCCGAGGCCGAAGUGGACCGACAAGGAAGUACGAGCCCGGGUGGCACAAAGAAUGGGGCGCCACCGCAAGACAUUCCCAGCGAGAAAUUAGGAUUUCGAGAGGACAAGAGAGCCCUGAGCAAGCUGGACCGUGUGUUUGCCAAAGUCUGA